AUGCCUCCAGUGGCAGAAUGGGGCCUCAAAUAUGCAGCUUGCAUAAGGAAUAAGGCACAUGAAAUCAGUUAUGUUGGCCAGAAGGGACCUCUGGAGGCUUCUAGGCCAAUCCCCCGCUCAAGUGCCAAACAGAGAGGAAGUAUCACUUCCAUAAACCUGCAGGCCAUGCUCUUGCUAACACACUUCCUUGUGUUUCUGAGGUACCAGAUCUAUUACGGUUACCCUCUGCAGACAUACCUGGAAUAUCCCAUCAUCAUUGCACAAGAUGUCAUUCUCCUUUUGGUUAUUCUGCGUUUCAGUGGAAACAUGAAACGAGCUUUGUUGUAUGCAGUCACAUUCUGGGGGGGCUGGUACAUCCUAACGCUGCGGAAGUGGAUAAUAGACCUGGCCAUGAACCUGUGCACGCUCAUCAGUGCGGCCAGUAAGCUGGCUCAGCUGCGGUGUCUCUGGCAGACAAAAGAUUCUGGACAAGUGAGCGCCUUGACCUGGAGUAUGGCUGCAUAUACCUGCGCAACAAGAAUAGUUACCACUGUAAUGACUACAAAUGAUCUCGCAGUUCUCAUCCGUUUCAUAACCAUGCUCAUUCUCAAUAUCUGGGUCACAGCCACAAUCCUGCACUACAGGAAAACUAAAAAGACUGAUUAG